GGCCCGUCAGUCUCUCCUGCCGCCCGUCAGGCGCCGCUUCUUCACCGCGCGGCCUUCGCUGAGGGAGCCGAGCGGCCGGCGGGACACGCGUCGAGGGCUGGCCGUGCUGCGGGGACGUGACACGCGUCGUGAGAAUUUUUGCCAUGUUUUGGAAUGUGGGUCCUUGGAAAUGUGUCUUGCCCCUACAGCUUUGCCUGCUGGGUUUUGCAUGCUCUGUGUGGGCUAGCUCAGGAGCCUUGCCACAGACUUCUAUCACAGCAGAUUCCUUCCUGCAAGACCUCUUCCUCCGGUAUGGCAAACAUGACAAGCUCACUUUGCAGCAGCUCAAGUCCCUGUUGAAUCGCCUUGAUGUGGGAGUUGGAAGGAACAACAUUAGUCGCACAGAGCAACAGCGUAGAAACAUCUCCUGGUGCUUCAGUUCCUCAGAGCUCUUUUCAACCCACAAUCUGAGUGAAGACUCCAGCCUUGGCAAGAGUGAAUUCCGAGAGUUCUGCCCAACCAUCCUGCAGCAGCUGGAGUCAAGGGCGUGCACGUCUGAGAACCUGGAAAAUGAGGAAGAUGAGAGGACAGAGGAGGGGAAGCCCAGUUCCUCAGAAGUCUGGGGCUUUGGAUUUCUCAGUGUUUCACUGAUUAACCUGGCCUCCCUACUUGGCGUCUUCAUCGUGCCCUGCACCAAGAAGGUCUUUUUCGCCCGAAUCCUAACGUAUUUCAUCGCGCUCUCCAUCGGGACAUUGUUCUCUAACGCACUGUUCCAGCUGAUCCCAGAGGCCUUUGGAUUCAAUCCUCGGGAAGAUGAUUAUGUCUCCAAAUCUGCUGUUGUCUUUGGGGGCUUUUACUUGUUCUUUUUCACAGAGAAAAUAUUGAAGAUGCUUCUCAAGCAGAAAGACACGAGUCAUCAUGGGCACAGCCACUACAGCACUGAGACCCUUCCUUCCAAGAAAGACCAAGAGGAGGGGGUCACUGAAAAACUGCAGAAUGGUGACUUGGAUCACAUAAUCCCUAACAAGAAUAGUGACCUGGAAUGCAAGAAUCCAUCUGUUGAUGAGAAGAUUGUUGGCUCCUUGUCUGUUCAGGACCUCCAGGCUUCUCAAAGCACUUGCUAUUGGCUGAAGGGCGUGCGCUACUCUGACAUUGGCACCUUGGCUUGGAUGAUCACCCUGAGUGAUGGCCUCCACAAUUUCAUUGAUGGCUUGGCCAUUGGUGCCUCCUUCACUGUGUCCGUCUUUCAGGGGAUCAGCACUUCUGUGGCCAUUCUCUGUGAAGAAUUUCCUCAUGAGCUAGGUGACUUUGUCAUUCUGCUGAAUUCUGGAAUGUCCAUCCAGCAAGCGCUGUUCUUCAACUUCAUCUCUGCUUGCUGCUGCUAUGUGGGACUAGCCUUUGGGAUAUUGGCGGGCAGCCACUUCUCUGCCAACUGGAUCUUUGCUUUAGCUGGUGGAAUGUUUCUCUACAUUGCAUUGGCUGAUAUGUUCCCAGAGAUGAAUGAAGUCAGCCGAGAGGAUGAAAGGAGUGGUGGUGCUCUGAUUGCCUUUGCCAUCCAGAACGCAGGACUGCUGACAGGAUUCACCAUCAUGGUGCUGCUUACCAUGUACUCGGGUCAAAUCCAGCUUGGAUAGAGACAUGCAUCUUACUAAUGGAAGGUGUAUGGACUGUGUAAAGCACAGAAUCUUCUCCAAAAAUUACAAAAAGAGGCACUUUGAUUAAGCCUGCUUCAUGGAUUCCUUCCUGGUUGACUUGCAGUGACUGAUGAAACUCCCCACUGUUGGGUUAAGUGACCUAAGGACCACUUUAUUGUGCCGCAACAGCAUUCCCUCCUUCAUCUUCUGAAGAACUCUGGAGGUGGAGGAAAGAUUCUAGCUUCUUUUUACCUCCUUAGGGGACUCAACCAGAGGGGUUCAAAUACCCCAUCAUUCUUGGGCUGACAACAGACUGCUGUGUACACAGGUCUGUGGCAGUGUGGUUUUGAUAGCAGAGAGCUCUUCCCACCUCCACAUGCCCAAAUUGUUUGAAGUUAGUAGAUUAGAGUUUUAAAUGGAGUAUUAUUGAUGCUUAGUCAAUUGGUUAGUUGGUUAGGUUUAAAAGAUUGCUCAAUUUUAAAAAGGGUAAUAUGGCUCCAGACUUCAGAUAAAAUACAUAAUACAAGAACUUACAAAAAUAAUGGGUGACAGGUAUCCUCUUAGAGAAGGCAUUUGAGAGAGAGCGAGAGGGAGGGAGAGAAUGUGCUUGCCAUGGAGCGUGCAUGUAUGAUCUAAACAUGUAAGAAUAUUUUUAUUCUAAAAUACUAUGCUUCAUACAAAUUAUGCAAUAUGAGUAAGGUUUGUAUGACUGACCUUAGAUUUCUUUAAUCAGGUAGCAGCGUUAGUUGUAAACUGUUAGGGACAUAUGAAUGACUGUCCCCCUGGUUUAGGAGUCCUUCUUAACUCCCUCCGCUAUGUUUUUAAGAGUGCCCCUUUUCCUUGGACACUGUGGGGCAAGAUCAACCUUCCUCUUAAUCUAUUCUGUCUUCCUUUUGUUAGCCCACUGAGUUCCUUCUCUUGAAGGUGAGCUUCUGCAGGGCAAGUGUGGCCGGGGUGAGUGCAUUUAUGGCCAGCAAUGACUGAGACAUAAAGCAGUUGAUUUGCAUCCUCUGGUUGAUGUGAAGGCCUUGGAGCAGUCUAUGAAAGUGAAGCCCAGAUUUGGAGAGGGGGUCUUAGGGAGGUUUCCUCCAUGAUUAGACUUUCCCAGAGUCACUAGGUGAACCAAAGUAUGAUUAUCAUAUUGAUAAUAUCAAGUCCUUCAGCUUAAGUGUAGUAAAUUUUCCACCUCACAAAUUCUCUUUGAGAAUUUGUGAGUGUCUGAUCACCAAAAGGAAAGCCUCGUUCUUUAGCAGAGAACAGCCAUUCCUUGGUGUGACUCCUAGAGUUUUUAAUCUUUUGGGGCAAUGCCUCUGUAUCACCCUGUCUUGAUGCGUAACGGAAUGAAUGUUGUCCUCUCUCUUUUCCUCUGAAAGGGGUUUGAGAUGCAGAAAACAGUUGGAUCACUUCCAAUAUGUUCCCCUAUUAUGGAAAGGCUGUAUUGGGGCUGGAUUCCACACCCACCAGGCCCAAUAUAUUGUGGUGCUUGGGGUGGCAAAUCCAAAUUCCUCUUCCCUGGCAGCCACAGGAAUGUCCUUCUGCACAAAUGAUUGGAAGCUUCUCAAGAGCCCUUAAUAUGAUGCUCAAAUUUGCUUACAUGCUUUCUCUCAUUGUAAGGCUACCUCUUCCUUCUUACCCAUGAAUCAAGAAACUGAAACACCUUUAUACUAUUCUGAGGUCUAAUGAACUCCUCCUCUUUCCAAGUAAAAUGCAAAUUGAUUAGAAGAUAGUAAGCGUUGCCAAUAGUCAUGCAAGAUUGGGACAUGAUCCAUGGGUAGAAUAUAGCUUUUGCAUUUCCAGUAAGGGGUGGGUUUACUAUGCCAACCAGGCUUGGCAGUUCUAACCGGCAGGCAGAAUAAUUUGCACUGUCAUUGGGCAGAGGGGGGAAGUGACUGCUGAGGAUGUCUCUCCCCCCACCCCCGGCCUUUUGAACGCUCGGCUGUGAUGAGGGCUCAAACACCCACCAUGUUUUGAAGGCUGCUUCUUAGGGCUUAAUAGCUCUUGGUUUGUUGUUUGUGCCAAUGAGCUUGGAGAAGAGGGGUAGAUUCCCUCUUUCUGUUAUAGGGCUCUUAAGGCCCACAUGGGUGGGGCAGGGGAAAAAUGGGACUGAUGUUAGAAACACCAUAAGCAAGCUCAGCCCCCCUGAAAACAUUAUAAUACUAUGGAUUUUGAUGUUUUUUGCAGUACUUUUUUGUGAUUCUGCAAAUGUAACUAUUGGUUAAAAUUGCUGUUCAAACUUGGAGCAUGCCUAAAAGUUGAGGCCCAUGAUAGCACAAUGUGGAGAGCAUUUGCUGGGGCAUUGCUUAUUGUCAUAGUUAGGGGGGCACCAAUUUGAGUUUCCCCAUGGAGUUCUAUUGCAUAAUGCUGCAUUAGCUUUUAGAGGCAUUGUGUAUUCAUUUUUUUAUUAGAACAACUGUCCGUAAUAUAAUAAUGAGUUACACUUUCCUGCACAAAGAAAGUAAUGUUUACUACUCUGCUGUGACACUUGUGGAUAUUUUGAAAAAAAUAGAUGUAGAACAGAACUUUACAAUAUACCUGCAUGAUCAAAUAGUCAUUAUGUCUUGAACCAUCUUGCGUUGCUAAAAGGCAUUAGUAGCAACAUUUCAUUCAACAAUCCAUUAGUUCCAUUUAAUUCAAUAAUCACCAUUUCCCCCUUAUUGCUGCCACAUUAUUAUUUCUAAGGCACCUUAUAUAUAUUUAUGAUUGUUAUAGGAUAAAAUCUUUUUGAUCAUCACUUUUUAGUUUUGACUUGUCUGUGUGAGUCACUGUGAACAGGGAAACGCUCAUUCAAACCUCCUGGUGGGGUUUGACUCCUCCCCUCCGUGGUACAUUAAAAAAAAUCAGACCAAAAUGAAGGUCUCCCUUUGUUCCUUAAAAAGUCAGAAAUGAAUUGCCCAGUACCCACUUUACAGUCCCCUAUUUUCUUACUUGACAGCAAAUUUAUGAGGUCUGAAGUGAUCAUUCCAACAUCUUUCUUCAUGGUUUUCAUCCAGGAAUUAACUGCUUUGAACAAAUACAACAGUUUUUUUCAGACUAGUAGCAGGGAGGUGAUUUUCUAGCCAUUAAGAUAGUUUUGGCAUCCCUAAAUGCAAUAGUAUGUAUGUUAAGGUUCCUCCCGAGAUCAGUCCAGUAUUUAAUCUGGAUAGGAUCUCUGUCCAGUAUCUUCAUCUCAACAAUAAUAGAUCCCCCUUUGCAGCAACUUUUCGCUGUUUAAUUCAGUUGUUUCUGUAGCCUCUAGCCUACUUUCUGUGUGGAGCUAAUUAAAUUCAUUUUGUAGCAAAGGGGUGUUGGUCUACUCUUGACAGCUGGAACAGUAUAUGAAAGUAAUUAUGAGAUCAUGUGCAGCUGGAUCCUCAGAAGUUGGUCCUCCUGAGUUCAGUAGGGCCUGCUCUCAGGGAAGUGUGUGUAGAACUGCAGCCUUAACUCCUACGGACCUUAAGGAGGCUGUGGAUGCCAUUAUUGUACAUGUAAUUUUGAAGAAUGGAAAGAGAAGGUACCAUGUCUGUAGGUUAUGCCAGAAUAAUUUGACCUUUGAGGGGAAAGGUUUUGAGAGGAGAGAAAGCAAAACUGACCAAACUUCAAUUUGUAUUUGUUUCUUUAAUGUGCUUGGUUUUCUAACAUAAUUUUCCCAUCUCAGUAUUUGAAUAACUCAGGAGUUGUAAGAAAGUUUGUGGAAACAAAGAACAUAACUUAUGACACAUGACUUGUAAAGUUAUUUGUAAAUUCCAUAAAUAAACUAUAUUCUGUAAUGA